CACCUGGCUCGCAGGUAGCGGUGGUAGGCGCCUUUCCGGGGUUGUAAGGUGUUGAGAGCUGCUUGUCUGCCUCGGGCCCGGGGUCUGCGCUCCGGGAGCCACACCGGAGGGAGCCAUGGACCCGGGCCCGGGGGACGCAGCAGGAGAGGGGCCGCCCGCGCCCCGGCCCCGCCGCCGCCGCUCCCUGCGUCGCCUCUUCAGCCGCUUCCUGCUGGCGCUGGGCAGUCGCUCCCGCCCCGGGGACUCGCCGCUUCGGUCCCGGCCCCAGCCCCAGCAGGGACAUUGCGAUGGCGACGGCGAGGGGGGUUUUGUCGGCCCUCCAGGCCCGGCUCCUGCGGCCCCCGGGAGCCCUGGGGUUGAGUGCACCGCCGGACCCCAGCCCCAGAUCCCCGCGGGCGACGGGGCGCGGCCACCGGGCGCUCAGGGCUUGAAGAACCACGGCAACACCUGUUUCAUGAACGCCGUGGUGCAGUGUCUCAGCAACACCGACCUGCUGGCCGAGUUCCUGGCGCUAGGGCGCUACCGGGCGGCGCCCGGCCGCGCGGAGGUCACCGAGCAGCUGGCGGCGCUGGUGCGCGCGCUCUGGACUCGCGAAUAUACGCCCCAACUUUCCGCCGAGUUCAAGAAUGCUGUUUCCAAGUAUGGCUCUCAGUUCCAAGGUAAUUCUCAACAUGACGCCCUGGAAUUCCUGCUCUGGUUGCUUGAUCGUGUCCAUGAGGACUUGGAGGGCUCGUCCCGAGGGCUGGUGUCUGAGAAGCUGCCACCAGAAGCCAAUGAACCCUCUGAGAACUUGUCCUCAUCAGCCCAACUUUCUCUAGGCCAAAGUUUUGUGCAAAGCCACUUUCAAGCACAAUACAGAUCUUCCUUGACUUGCCCCCACUGCCUGAAACAGAGCAACACCUUUGAUCCUUUCCUGUGUGUGUCCCUUCCCAUUCCCUUGCGCCAGACGAGGUUCUUGAGUGUCACCUUGGUCUUCCUCUGUAAGAGCCAGCGGUUCCUGCGGGUUGGCCUGGCUGUGCCGAUCCUCAGCACAGUGGCCUCCCUGAGGAAGAUGGUUGCUGAGGAAGGAGGCGUCCCUGCAGAUGAGGUGAUCUUGGUUGAACUGUAUCCCAAUGGAUUCCAGCGGUCUUUCUUUGAUGAAGAGGACUUGAAUACCAUUGCAGAGGGAGAUAAUGUGUAUGCCUUCCAAGUCCCUCCGUCACCUGGCCAAGGGACUCUCUCAGCUCAUUCAUCGGGUCUGUUGGGGUCUCCACGCUUGGCAGCCCGAGAGGGUCAGCGGUUCUCCCUGCCUCUCCACAGUGAGAACAAGGUGCUAAUCCUUUUCUGUAACCUGGUGGGGUCAGGGCAACAGGCUAGCAGAUUUGGACCGCCUUUCCUCAUCAGGGAAGACAGAACUAUUUCCUGGGCCCAACUCCAGCAGUGUAUUCUCAGUAAAGUCCGCUAUCUCAUGAGGAAUGAGGCCCCUGCACAGAACCUGGGGUCUCUGUUCUCCAUCCGGGUUGUGGGGCUUUCCCUGGCCUGCAGUUACUUGUCCCCACAGGACAGUCGGCCACUGUGCCACUGGGCAGUUGACAGGGCCUUGCACCUCAGGAAGCCAGGAGGGCCCCCCCAUGUUAAGUUGGCCGUGGAGUGGGAGAGCUCUGCCAAGGAGUGCCUGUUUGGGAGCCUCCAGGAGGAGCGGGUCCAGGACGCGGAGAGCGUUUGGCGGCAGCAGCAGACGCACCAGCAGCCCAGCUGUACCCUGGAUGAAUGUUUUCAGUUCUACACCAAGGAGGAGCAGCUGGCCCAGGAUGACGCGUGGAAGUGCCCCCAUUGCAAAGUCCUCCAGCGGGGCAUGGUGAAGCUGAGUCUGUGGACCCUGCCUGACAUCCUCAUCAUCCACCUCAAAAGGUUCUGUCAGGUGGGAGAGAGAAGGAACAAGCUCUCCACGCUGGUGAAGUUCCCACUUUCUGGACUCAACAUGGCUCCCCACGUGGCCCAGAGAAGCACCAAACCAGUGCCAGGCCCCUGGCCCUCCUGGAAGCAACCAGCCUGCCUGCCCACCACCUACCCCCUGGACUUCCUGUAUGAUUUGUACGCGGUCUGUAACCACCACGGCAGUCUGCAAGGUGGGCAUUACACAGCCUAUUGCCGAAACUCUCUGGAUGGCCAGUGGUACAGUUACGAUGACAGCAUGGUGGAACCACUUCGAGAAGAUGAGGUCAAUACCAGAGGAGCUUACAUCCUAUUUUAUCAGAAGCGAAAUAGCAUCCCUCCCUGGUCAGCCAGCAGCUCCAUGAGAGGCUCCACCAGUUCCUCCUUGUCUGACCACUGGCUCAUGCGGCUCGGGAGCAACAAUGGCAACAGCACCAGGGGAAGCCUGUUGUCUUGGAGUUCUGCCCCCUGCCCUUCCCUGGCUCAGGUGCCUGACUCACCUGUCCUUUCAAACAGCCUCUGCAAUCAGGAAAAGGGGCUCUGCUCCACUGUCUUUGGGAUAGCAGCGAUUCUUGGAGUGAUGGAAGGGGCAGGAACUUGGCUCCCAAAGACUGGUGGCAUGCCAGGUGGACUGGAGUCCAGCCCUUUGGUUCGGGGUAUUCCUGGCAGAAGCAUCAGCAUGAAGGUGCACACCCCUUCUCGAGCCAAGCAGGGGCCCUUCAAGACCAUGCCUCUCCGGUGGUCCUUGGGACCCAGGGAGAAGCGCCCUGGUGCAUCUGUGGAGCUGGUGGAGUACUUGGAGUCCAGACGAAGACCUCGAUCCACCAGCCAGUCCAUCGUGCCACUGCUGACGGGCGCUGCUGGUGGGGAUGAAAAGUCAGCGUCGCCGAGGACAAAUGUCACCCUUUCUUCUAAAGGUGAAGAUAGUGGUCAACCCAGUGGGAGAGGACUAGCCGAGGUGCCCUGUCCCUCAGGACACCCCAAUCACCAUCCUGCCCCUGGAUUCUCAGAUGGUCUAAAUACAGCCAGGACAUUAAAGGAAAAUGCAAGCCAGGAUAUUAGGCUUCCCAAAAAGUUUGACCUGCCCCUCACCGUGAUGCCCUCAAUAAACAAUGAGAAAUCGGCCCGCCCGGAGGGCCAGAAGACCAUGAGCUGGAAGGGAAGUGGCCAGGUGAGAAGCCAGAGCAGCCCACCCUCUCCCUCUGCAGGAUUGUCUAGAAACAGUAAGGAAAGUGGCCAAGACACCUUAGCCAAGAUGAGGGCUGCUGUGGAGGAAAGGACCUCGGAGAAAGACAGGCUCCCACAGGGCACAUUCACUCUCCUGAGGUCUAUGUUUUGGAAGAAGGGGAAUAGGAAGACUGACAGGACUGGGGGCUCCCCACCAGCGCCCCCAGUCUCCCAGGUGAGUGGCAGGCUGAGCCCUGCUGUGGACAAGCAGGCUCAGAGCCCCUCUCCUGCCCUGAGGAUGCAGGACAGCCUGGCCAGGGGCCUGGGCAGCUACCUCGAGAGGGACGUCCGAUCUGCACCUAGCUCUCUUCAUCUCCCUCGCAAAGCCUGCAGGCCCCCGAGAACCAAUGCCACUGGCACCUCACAAAGGAGUAUUCUUGGGGAUCAGACUUCUUAUGGCACCUUGCAAAGGGUGAAAUACCACACUCUUUCCUUAGGUCGAAAGAAAACUUUACCAGAAUCCAGCUUCUGAUGGAAUAUUCAGUAUUGCAUGAAACUGGCGUUCUUGGGACUUUGCGCUGAGCAGCUGUAGGCAGCCUGCAUUCAGAGUGGGUUUUUAGGAAUCCAGUUGUCUUGUGAUCUCUGAAAAAGGAAUUUUUUUUUUUUUUUUUUUAAGUUACCAUAAGGACUUCCAGCACCUACUAUCCAAAUAUUCUACUAUAUUGUUGGUUGCUUUGAUAUAGCCUGGCCACCAGAGGAUGCUGUUGGGCUAACAUUACCAUGUCAAUGCAAGAACUGAUACUUUGUUUAAAAAUUCCAGGGCGAAUAAGUGUACUAAAAAGAAUCCUCUGUGUCAUGUGAAAUAUUAUCAGUGACUUUUCCUUCCUUCUUUCCUUUUUUAAAUAGUGAACUUGCAAGGAAAAUCUUUUCCUUUUAGUGCUUCUCUGGGAUUAGUGUUAAAGAUGUUGAAAAAGAGAAAAAGUGAUCAUUAUAAUAAAGCAAGAUUCUAAGAGGGAUGGAAGAGAAAUGAUUGAUAUUUUAGAAGAGUAUUUAAUAUAUAAUGAAGUAAUUGUAUUAACGUUUUUAAAGGUAUUUUAAAAAUGUAACUAUUUUGAUACCGGGGAAAAAAAAGGAAGU